UCCUCCUUUUCUUAGCAUUCCCCCCAAAAUGGAAGACUUGGAUUCCUUGUGGAAUUAUCAAGAGAGUUUUGAUGAACUGAAACUCGAGCUUCAAUGCACUGCAAUUGAGCUAGAACCCGUCAGAACGGAAGCCAAGGAACAAAUAAAGAAAUACAGGGAUGAAGUGAACCAUUUGGUCAAUCUUGUAAAACUCGCCUGCGAAGAAAGAGAUGAAUCGCAAAAUCUUGUUAACAAGUUAAUGGCUUCUUCUUCUUCUCCAACCCAACUGCAACCCUACUCCGAAAACCUCCUUACGAUUGCAGCGAAAGCAAACUCGAGCAUAACUGAGUCCAACAGUUUAUCUGACACGUAUAAUCACCACCACUCUCGUGGUUCUUCUUCCCCAGAGGAUUCCUUGUUUGAUGUAGUCACUUCACCAGAUUUUUGGACCGCCGAGGAUUCUGUGAUUGAUAAUCUUGCAAAGGGGAAAAUUUUGCCCGAGAAAGGGAAGCUUUUGGAAGCUGUAAUGGAAGCAAGCCCUCUUCUUCUUCAGACGCUUCUCUUUACCGGGACUCUUCCUCGAUGGAGAAAUCCGCCACCUUUGCAGGAUUACAAAAUCCCACCUGUUUCCAUGAAACGCCAAAGGUUUCAAUGA